AUGGGGCACAACUUCACUCUUUGGUGCGCUUUAGCGUUAGCGUUAUGCGCGUACGCAUUAGCAUCUCCUCGUGCGGGAUUCACAUUCACGAGAAGUGCUGUUGAAACGGUUCCACAACAUGAUCCCAUAGCUGCACCAAUACGUGCCUCUGUCGAAAGUAUACCGUUAAGGAGCGUUCGUGACGAAGGUGAUGAGAGGUUACCAUUACGUGACGCUGUAGAAAAGAGACCAAUCUCACUGAUAGAACCCGGAUCUGCUUUCAAAUUAAUCGAGGAUGCUGAGGUUAUAAGAGAUGAAGAUAGCUUUAGCGGGUUGAAAUAUUACGGCGCUGCCGGUUAUCUUAACAACAGUACCCGCAACGAUGAGAGACUGCAACUAGGAAAUGCUAACUUGCAAGCAAUGCAGCAGACAGUAGCGAGUCCCAGAGCGCGUCGUAUCAUAGUUUGUUAUAUGGAGUCAUGGGCCGCAUACAGAGCACCCCCACUAGCAUUCACUGCCGGAUUAGUGCCCAAAUCCUGCACCCAUCUCCAUUACGCCUUCGCCACUAUGCACCCUCAUACAUACUCAGUUAUUCCCAACAAUGAGGAUUACGAUAUCGUUAAAGGUGGUUACCGCAUAGCGACUGGCUUGAAAAAACGUCUUAAUGGCUUGAAAGUGAUGAUCAGUGUGGGUGGAGAAGGCACAGACCGUCUGUUCAGCGAAAUGGUACAGGAACCAGAGAGACGUAGCAUGUUCAUAGAAAGUGCCGUCAACUUCAUGAGAGAGCAUGACUUCGACGGCUUAGAUCUUCAUUGGGUUUAUCCAGGUGAAGACGAAAACGAAAGAGAGUUGUUGACAGCACUCCUUUACGAACUCCGAGAAAAGUUUUCCUCUUAUGGAUUCCUACUUUCUACCGUUUUGCCACCGUUCAGAUAUCAAAUUGAAGACGGAUACGAUUUAAGUGCUGUAAGUGGUGCAACCGACUACACAGUGCUGCAGGCAUGGGACAUGACACACGGCAAGCGAGACGAACCCCCGACAAGAGCUGUGCAACAUAGUCCAUUGCGAAGGGAUCCUGGAGCUGCUGCUCGAGACCAAAGAUAUGAUAACAUUGAAUUCAUGGUGAAGUUCAUCCUCCGGCAUGGCAUGAAUGCUGAGAAGUUAGUGCUUGGCAUUCCAUUCUUCGGACGUACGUAUUCUCUUGCAUCAUCAGCGCGAUCUGCUCCCGGUGCCGCAGUUACCGGUUGGGGUGAAGAGGGCGCUUACACUCAAACCAAAGGACUCUUAUCUUACUUUGAAAUUUGUAUGGCCGAACGUGAAGGAAAAGGAUCUAGUAACGUUGACGAAGCUGGAAACACUUACGUAGUGUUUGACAAGGAAUGGGUCACCUAUGACACUCCAGUAACCGUCUUAGAAAAGAUGAAGUUUGUGGUAACUACUGGCCUGGCUGGAGCUGCGGCGUGGUCAAUUGACAUGGAUGACUUCAGAGGACUAUGCGGUCAGCCAUUCCCACUCUUGAGCGCCAUUUCAACCACACUUAAUGGUGAAGCUAUCCUAUCAGAUCAAUCUUCAUUGAAAAUAGGUUCAUGUGAAUCUGACAAUCCGUACUUAGCGUCAGACGUAGACUCUUGCGCACACUUCCACUUUUGCACUGGUGGUAUCAGCUACAGAAUGUCUUGUGAAGACGAUCGUCUUUACGAUCCCUCUACUGGAUUCUGCGGCCACCAAGAUGUCGCAAAAUGUAUGCCAGGACAAAGUCUGCGCAUCAGCGUGGAGGACGCAGCUCGUUUUCUAUCUCAAGCGUAUGAAAACGAUUUCGAAUGGAAUGACCCUAGCAAAGACAUGGCAGCAAAUAAUGACCCCGAGCGUUUGAUUGCCGAGAUAGACAGCAAAAAAAGUAAACAGAGUGACAAACUCGUGGUAUGCUACAUGACAAGCUGGGCAUUCUACCGACGUGGUGACGGAAAGUUUGUACCGGAAAAUAUUGACACAAGACUUUGUACCCAUGUCGUCUACGCCUACGCAUCGCUCUCCCCUGAUGAACUUAUCGCGAAAGAGUUCGAUCCUUGGGCCGAUGUCACUAACAAUCUCUACGAGCGCGUUACAUCCUUGAAAGAUGUUAAAGUUCUCCUUGGUUUGGGAGGCUGGACGGACUCCGCUGGCGAUAAAUAUUCCCGGAUGGUAUCAUCACCGGCAUCCCGCAGCAAGUUCAUAGAAAAGUUGAUUCCAUUCUUGCGUAUGCACAACUUUAAGGGUCUUCAUUUGGAUUGGAACUACCCAGUUUGUUGGCAAAGUAAUUGUAAAAAGGGAGCUGUUUCUGAUAAACCUAAUUUCGCUAAAUUCGUUCAGGAAUUAUCCAAAGCGUUGCAUGGAGCUGGUAUGGAACUUGGUGUCGCCAUUUCCGGUUAUAAAGAAGUGAUCGAGUCCGCAUAUGAUUUACCAGUUUUGUCGAAAGCAGCUGAUUUCCUCAGCACUAUGACUUAUGAUUACCAUGGUGGUUGGGAGAAGUCUACUGGACACCACACGCCACUGGUUCCAGCUUCUAAAGAAACUCUAGCUCAUUAUUCCAUUGAAUAUGCUAUCAAAGCUCUGAUAAGUGGAGGAGCAGAUCCUAAGAAACUUCUUCUAGGAUUAUCUUUCUAUGGUCAGUCGUAUAGACUCAAUGACAUGAAUGGAGCGAAGGGCCCUGGAUCACCUGCCGCUGGACCUGGAGAACCAGGAGAGUUUACUAAACAACCUGGAAUGUUGGCUUACUAUGAAGUAUGCUAUCGAGUGAAAAACUUAAGAUGGAAGACAGGCAGACAAGAUAAUGCCGGCCCUUACACUUAUUCAGACAAUCAGUGGGUUGGAUACGAUGACCCCAAAUCUAUCACUGAGAAGGUGGAAUGGGCAUUGCGGCAAGGUAUGGGCGGUGUGACGGCGUGGGCGAUAGACCUGGAUGACUUCAGCAACCGUUGUUGUGCUGAGCCAUCGCCCCUGCUGCGCGCGGCGGGUCGUGCGCUCGGCAGGAGUGUGCCGGCUCCCCCGACGGCCGCCUGUGAGAGGCCGCCAGAACCUGUCACUCCAGCGGCGCCUACUACCACUGCUGCUGAAUCUGAUGGAUCUGCAGGCGGCAGUCACGACCACCACCACCAUGACCACACAUCAACAACUUGGCCGAGCUGGAACCCGUCCACCACAACUCCUAGCACCGCCCAGACAUGGUGGCCCGCUGCAACCACUCCCAUGACCACAACCUCUUCUACAACAACUACCAAACGGCCGACUACUACAAAACGACCGACCACCACAAAACGACCCGCUACUACCACCACCAAAAAGCCAGCAGCUGAUUCCGGAAGCAUAGAAGGUACAUCAUGCAAUGCGGGCGACUACCACGCAGCUCCAGGCGAUUGUGAAGGGUACUUGCAAUGUGAAGGUGGCGUGUGGCGCAAACAUCGCUGUGCUCCAGGCCUACACUGGGCCACCUCCGUCAACCGCUGCGACUGGCCUAGCUUCGCCAAGUGUACUGAAACGGCAAGUAGUGAAGCAAGCACUGCCACAUCAACGUUGGCUCCAGUGGCCUCCCGUCCGCCCCCGAGGCCGACCACCACUACCACUAAACGUCCUACUACGACUACCACCACGACAUCGCGACCGACCACUAAGCCGACCACCAUAGGAGUACAAGCAGAUGAGGGCCCACAAGAAGGUGACUCGUGUAUUGGUGAACAAUACAGUUCAGUACCUGGUGACUGCAAUGCGUAUUUGCAUUGUGAUGGUACCUCGUGGCACAUGCAGCGCUGUGCUCCCGGCCUGCACUGGAGUAACGUGCAGAAACACUGUGAUUGGCCCAAGUAUGCCAAGUGUGAAGUACCAAAAUCUACAACAGCAGCUCCUAAACCCACUAGGCCAAUGAGGUCGACAACGACGACAUCUACAACCACAUCAACAACUACCACAAAAGCCCCUCCAUCAGGAUCUUCGUUGGAAGGUUCAACUUGUGGUGGAAACGACAUGCAUGCUCCCUCAACGACUUGCGAUUCGUACCUGCUUUGCGUUGGAGGUCGCUGGCGUAAGCAACUCUGUCCACCUGGUCUUCACUGGGACAAGAGGACGCGACGAUGCGACUGGGUCGAAUUUGCCAUGUGUGAAGUGGGUAAACCUUCCAAGUCAACAACGAGUUCAACGACCACAAGCACGACCACCACUACUACCACUACCACAACGACUACAGCGCGACCGACGACAACCACCAGAAGACCCACGAGACCCACGACUACUAAAAAACCUCUCGCCGACGAAGCUCAAGUGCCUGGAAAGGGUUGCAACACAGGCACAUAUCACGCGCAUCCCAAGUGUGAGAAAUUCUACGUGUGCGUGAAUGGUAUGCUGAUCACACAAAGCUGUGCGCCAGGCCUCGUGUGGCGGCCAGACCGCAGCCAGUGUGACUUCCCCUCCUCCACUUCAUGCACUGACAAGCGACAGAGCGACGCUCCAGUCAGCGACUCCACCAACUCUCAAUCCACUAUGAUGCAGCAGCUUAAUGAAGAACCACCCAAAUACUGUGAAAGUGGAACAUAUGCUCAACUGCCAUCAGACUGUACACGGUACCUACAUUGCUUGUUUGGCAAAUUCGAAGAAUUCGCUUGUAGUGCUGGAUUACACUGGAAUCAGGAGAAGCAAAUCUGUGACUGGCCUAAGAAUGCUAAAUGCAAACGUAAGCAAGGUUCUCCUACCACUACAAGUACAACAUCAACCACAUCCCGUCCAGUCCAAAUGGAUGCAAUUGAACCGGAACAUGAACACAUCUCGGACCAUGACCAUGACCAUGAUCAUUCUCACCAUGAUCAUGAGCAUUCCCAUGCUACACCAACGAAGCCGAUAGCUUCCCCAUCCAGUGUGACACAACCUGAUAUAAGUACCAAACCGGCUCUUCUAAAUUCUCGCUAUAAACUGGUAUGUUAUUACACAAACUGGUCGUGGUAUCGCCCUGGUAUCGGUAAAUACAGUCCAGAGGAUAUCGACCCAACUCUUUGCACUCAUAUCGUCUAUGGAUUCGCCGUUCUCGGAGACGAUGGUCUCAUUAUGGCUCAUGACUCCUGGUCGGAUAUUGAUAAUGGUUUCUAUGAAAAAGUAGUUGAGUACAAACGAUAUGGCAUCAAAGUAUCGUUAGCUAUCGGUGGCUGGAAUGACUCGGCCGGCGACAAGUAUUCUAAGCUGGUCAACGACCCGGCGGCUCGCGCCCGAUUCGUUUCACACGUCGUGCAAUUCCUCAAAAAGUAUGGCUUCGAUGGAUUGGAUCUUGACUGGGAAUAUCCUAAGUGCUGGCAGGUUGAUUGCUCCAAGGGUCCUGACUCUGAUAAAGAAGCUUUUGCUGACCUAGUUCUUGAGCUGUCUGCGGUAUUCAAGCCAAAGGGUCUGCUUUUGUCAGCGGCCGUAUCUCCUAACAAGAAGGUCAUCGACGCAGGUUACGAUGUUCCUGUAUUGGCUCGCCACCUCGACUGGAUCGCUGUAAUGACAUACGACUAUCAUGGUCAAUGGGACAAGAGAACUGGCCAUGUCGCUCCUUUGUACUACCAUCCUGAAGAUGGUACGACCUACUUUAAUGCGAACUACACUAUCCACUACUGGAUGAAAAAGGGGGCUCCAGCGCACAAACUUAUCAUGGGAAUGCCAAUGUACGGUCAGACGUUUACGUUGGGCACCGAAAAAGAAUCCCCACAGAGUCUCAGUAUGAACAUCGAAAAUACUGGUUUGAAUGCACCAGCUUCAGAUGGUGGAGAAGCUGGAGAAUACACCAGAGCUAAAGGUUUCUUGUCUUACUACGAGAUUUGCGACCGCAUCAGAUACAAUGGAUGGAAGGUAGUUAAAGACCCUUACCAGCGAAUGGGUCCAUACGCAUAUAAGGAUAACCAAUGGGUAUCAUUCGACGACGUCGAAAUUAUCAAAAAGAAAGUGAACUUCAUAAAAUCAUUAAACCUUGGAGGUGGUAUGGUCUGGGCACUUGAUCUAGAUGAUUUCAAAAAUAGAUGUGGUCAAGGAAAACACCCGCUUGUCAACGCAAUCAAGAAUGGUUUACUGGAUUCCAAAGUAGAAGAAGAUACAAUCUUGUCUGACCCAAUAAUUGAACCUCCAAACGAAAUAGAUGAAGAUCCAGAUGACAUUCAAGUACGUCCUACCAAAAAACCAACACCAAGGCCCACACAGAUGACGACACAAUGGCAAACUACAGCGCUCACGACCACCACUAAGAGACCCGUGACUACUGUCAGUACUAAUUUGGAAGAUCGUUACAAGGUGGUCUGCUAUUACACCAACUGGGCUUGGUACAGACCUGGUCCAGGAAAAUUCACACCCAGCGACAUCGACCCCUCACUUUGUACCCACAUUGUGUAUGCUUUUGCGGUCCUUGAUACUAAACGCCUGGUAAUUAAACCACAUGACAUUUGGCUGGAUGUUGAAAACAAAUUCUACGAAAAGGUAGUGUCUCUAAAACAGAAAGGCGUAAAAGUGGUCCUUGGAAUCGGAGGAUGGGAUGACUCGGCAAGUGACAAAUACUCACGAAUGGUUAAUAGUCCAUCAGCACGAAGGAAGUUUGUAAUUCACGCUGUAGACUUUAUCGAACAGUACGAAUUUGACGGAUUGAAUCUUGAUUGGGAGUACCCCAAGUGCUGGCAAGUGAACUGUGAAAGGGGUCCAAGCUCCGACAAACAAGGUUUUGCCAAUCUUGUGAAGGAACUUCGUGCAGCAUUCAGACCCAGAGGACUAACACUAUCCGCAGCAGUCUCGGCUAGCAAACGCGUUAUAGAUGCUGCUUACGACGUUGCCACGCUUUCCAAAAACCUUGAUUGGAUUUCUUUGAUGACUUAUGAUUACCACGGCCAAUGGGACAAGAAGACUGGACACUUAUCCCCAAUGUAUGCCAGUGAAGUGGAUGAAGAUAAGACUUUGAAUACGAACUUUACGGUGAACUACUGGAUUAACAAAGGAGCAUCUCCUGAGAAGCUCAUAUUAGGUGUGCCAUUCUACGGUCAAUCAUUCUCACUGGAAGAGAAUGCAGGAUCCGGACUCGGAGCACCUUCUUAUGCAGGUGGAGAGGCUGGCGAUGAAACGAGAGCUCGAGGAUUCUUGUCAUUCUACGAAAUAUGCGACCGUAUCAGGAUGAAGGGUUGGAAGGUAUCCCGAGACCCAGGAGGCCGUAUGGGACCUUAUGCCAGCUUUGAAGAUCAAUGGGUUUCGUUUGACGAUGACUUUAUGGUACGCCACAAGGCAGAGUAUGUUCGCUCUAUGGGACUGGGAGGAAGCAUGGCGUGGUCCCUUGACCUUGAUGACUUUAGCGGAAAGAAUUGCGGUUGUGGAAAAUCUCCUCUGCUAGCUACUAUUAAUCAUGUGCUGAGAGGUCUGGAAGCACCACCGAGAUGCCCGCUUGAAGAAUUGCAAGCCGAUACUACGGAUACAUCAGAGGUUCCAGAAAUCGAAGUGCCAGAACCAGAUGAUAUACCAGCAAUCGCUGUCGAAGAAGUAGAUACUGACUCUAACACUGAUAUCGAUACAGAUCCAAACACUAAUACCGAUACCAACACGGAUGUGGAUAUAGUUGAAAAUAGUGGUCCAAGUCUUGAAGGUGGUUCAUGUUCAGGAAAUGUAUUCAAAUCUGACGAGAACAAAUGCAGCAAAUACUACUUGUGCCUUAAUGGUCGCUGGAUGCAAUUAGAAUGCCCUGCGCCUUUACACUGGCAUAAGAACCAUUGUGACUGGCCUGAAAAAGCUCAGUGCAGAACGAAGGGUGGACUACGAAUUGGGGGCAUAGAGCCGGAAGAAAUAGAAGAAGACAAGUCUAUCGUUGGCUGCUACUUCACAAAUUGGGCUUUCUAUAGGCCUGGUAAAGGUAGUUUUGGACCAGAACAAGUAAACCCAUCUCUAUGUACACACAUUAUAUACGCAUGGGCACAUCUUGAUGGCAAUUCCUUUAAUUUGGUACCUGGGAACUCCGAACUUGAUCUUGAAAAUGACUUCUACGGCAAGCUAACACAGCUGAGACAAACUGGUGUCAAAAUUAUUAUUGGUGCUGGUGGCCUUACGGAUUCUGAAAGCAGAAAAUGGAGCGUAAUGGUAUCAAGUCCUGAAAAUAGAAAGACAUUUGUGGAGUCCGUAUUGAAAUUCUUGCAAAGAUGGCACUUCGAUGGUAUUCAGGUUGCUUGGCAGUAUCCAGGAUGCCGACAGACUCCAUGCACCAAGGAAUCUUUCGACUAUAAAGAGAGGGACAAUUUCGCCAACUUGUUGUCCGAGUUAUCAAGGAAGCUUCGUUCUCACGACCUUGAGAUAUCAGCCAUGGUCACCGCUUCGCCAGAAAUCGCACAAUUAGCGUACAAACCUCAUAUCCUAGCUUCAGAAUUGGACUGGGUCGCUAUUGCUGCCAAUGAUUACUAUGCAUCGUCCACGGGAAAGACGUCAUAUUUAGUGCCACUACAGUCUAGCCACGGAAGCAAUAGCUUGAACGCAUCCCUAUCAUUCUGGACGCACGCAUUGCCUCCUCGGCAUGUGGUGCUUGGUAUACCAGGGUAUGGUCGCUCGUACACUCUACGCAGCGCGUCUAACAGCGCACUGGGAGCUCCUGUCACCGGCCCUGGAGAACCUGGACCUUACACACGUGUACCAGGCCUCCUAGCCUACUAUGAGAUUGCGGAUGGUUUAGCGAGUCGCCAAUGGAAGGAGAGUCGAACUUCUGAGGGCACCUUCAGCGUCCGCGGUGGACAAUGGGCAUCGUAUCUGAACGUGGCGGACGUACGAAGCAUAGGCGCAGCAGCAAGACGAGCUGGUGCCCGUGGUGUGGCACUCUGGGCCCUCGACCUGGACGUCAGAGGGGAUUGCUCACUACUGAAUGCCAUGCGCCGCGGUCUUAUCGAACCUGAACUACCUCUCGAGCAGUGUGCACCUGCCGCCUAAGCAUAACACUGGAGUACCCAGAAACCUGUAGUAUGUUAAAGCGGUGACUUCUCUGUGAGGUACCGAUUAUGAGACUGUCGUGUGGGUGCUCGGUCAAGACUUUAGUUUAUAGGUACUUAACUAUAAUUAGAUACAUAUUUCAUUGUGAUAUUUUUAAUACGUAGGUGAAUUUAUAUCUACCUAUUCAUAUGUGCGUAGUUCUCGCGUAAAUUCCUUGAUUUUUACUUGACGGUCAGUUAAUUUAAAGGUAGAUUAUUUUUUGUACUUUGUACCUUAAAAGUAUUUAACGAUGUAUCAUGUACUGAUUAGGAUCAAAAUUCCGAUUUAAGUGAAAGUGCAAGGAAUUAAGAUAAAAUUAUAUUUUGAUAAAUAAAAUAUAAAACUACUUUUGUACAUGUUUUUUAUAAAAUUGAAUUUUCUUGGAGUCAAUAUAAUGAAUCGCAGGUAAUAUGAAUAGUUACCAAACACAAACGUACUGCGUAUAGCGCGUAUGGUAUAAUGAUGCUGACAUAAUUAAUUAAACACCGCACAUUUUGUCUGAUAAUAAAAAGAUUACUUUAAUUAUAUACGGUAUUUUUAUUUAUCACUGAGUAAGUAAAUGCUUUAAUAUUAACAUUUAGCUUCACACUGAACUAGUACUACUAGCUACUCCUAAGCAGAUUUACCCGCUGCUCGGUGCCUAUUGGACGUGAUGACGUGAUGUUUUAUCCAACACAAAAAAUACAAGAGAGGAGUUCCUGAGUGCGCGUUCCCACUAACAAACUCUUCAGCUUUAUAAUAUUAGUACAGAGGGCCUAGGAUUGACGUGAUAAAGCGUGAAUCUUCCGGGCGAGAAAGAGGGAUGGAACUAUACACAUAGCUACUGUUUUUUAAUUUUAGCCUUGAGUUUCAUAAUAAUAAUUCUCAGUUAAAACAGGAAAAUACUUACCUACACUUAGGCAAAGGCUACAUUUCAAUGUGGUACUGGUUGCGAAUAAUCUUGACCUAGUGGCGUAAUGCACAAAAAUGUGUGUGUGUGUGUGUGUGUGUGAAUUACGUUUUAAUUAAUCUGAGUUAAGUAUUCUAAAUAAAUCUAUACACCGAUACAAUGUAUACAUAAUUUGAAUAAAUUGUCAGUAGGAACAUAAAGAAACUGACAAUACGUAUUUUAUGGGUUGUAACCAGUGUUCACAUUUAAAUUAAAAUAAUUGAGGGGCAUUUUUUAAUCCGUACUCAGUUGAAUAAAAUUUUAAAAAUGCAUUAGGCAAUUCUCAUGUGUCGUGGGUGCGUUUACAACACGUUGCAUAGCAGCCAGUAGCCCACUUGC